AUGAACCUUUUUGAAGAUAACUCUACAGAUUAUGAACAAGACAUUACAGAAUGAAUAUGCGAAAUCCAUGAAAACCUCAAUAAAAUUGCAUCAGAAAAAUCAAAUUACUAUGGUUUUAACUUUGAGCUUGAUUGCGUCAAAGAUGACUCAUCAUCAAUUUUUCAAUGGGAAGAGUCAACAGAUUUAUACAGAGCUAGCAAAGAGAAAUUAUCAAUCAGUCGACUCUCUCAAGCUCGGUCAAGUAUGUCAACUUUGACAUCAUUAGACGCCGAGCUUGCUGAAGAAAUUCCUAGUAUCUUAGAGAAAUAAAAUUGUUACGUUGAUGGAAAUUUCUCCGAAGACACACUCCCUAUGGAGUAGGUUAGGCGGCUCCCAAUGAACCUGAAAGCAGGGCCUCUAUCCCUAGCCCUUCAGGCUUGAGGAUGCCUUGGAGAAGAGAAAAAUUGUGUUUCUCCCUAAAGUUUUCCCGUCCCUGCCAGGUGGGCUUUACCUCUAGCAUAAUCAUCGUCUAUAACUAUCGGGGGGCAUCCUACAAAGUUGGCUCUAACUUAGGUAGCAAAUCCUUAGAUUAGGCGAGUAGCACCAGAAAGUUCAAGAGGAAUGAAUUUUGGUUGUGCCUUACACCAUUUGCACUCUGGUGUAUACACACCCAGCGUAGGCAAAUUUUCCUGGAGUCAAGCUAGUCUGGCUAGUAGGGAGCCCACUUUGUCUGUAUAAAUCUAAUCUUAGCAUCUUAGGCCUGGAAAAGAUAAUUUCGUUAGACUCAGACAUACAAGAAAAAUUAGGAGCUGUAAAGAAGAACCAUUAG